AUUAUUAAGCUCAUUUGUGCUAGUAACUAAGUACUUUGUAAAACGGGUCAUACUGUUAUCAAUAGAUAUUUACACUUACCUACCUCCUAUUAUAGAAUGAACUUUUGAUCUUUCUUUUGCCUCGUUUUGCCGAACGGGCUGCUCUUAUCACUUAUCAGUCAAUAACUGUGUUUCAAAGGGUAUCAACGGCUCCGAGAAACGUGAAGUCCACAAAAAACCAUGAAGCUGUAUUUGGCUUUAAUAUUACACACGGUGAUUUCAGCGGAAUGUUUUUUUCACAAGUAUCCGAAAGUAAAUCUCGGUGAGCCGGACGGUGGAGACCCGGGGGAGCCGCUGUUCCUGACGCCGUACGUGGAGGGCGGGAACAUCACGGAGGGCCGGAGACUAGCCCGAGUGCCGUUCACGGAGAGCCUUCGCAUCAAGAGCUACGCGGGCUUCUUCACGGUAAACAAAAACUACGAUUCCAACCAGUUUUUCUGGUACUUCCCUGCACAGAUACCGAACAACAAGGACGCGCCGGUGGUCGUGUGGCUGCAGGGCGGGCCGGGCGCCACCUCGCUGUACGGCCUCUUCACCGAGAACGGCCCCAUUCGCGUCAGGCGCGGCAGAUUCGAGAGGCGCAAGUACAACUGGGCGCUCAGCCAUCACAUCAUCUACAUCGACAAUCCCGUGGGUACGGGCUUUAGCUUCACGAAAGAUCCCAAAGGCUACUGCACGGACGAGGUUCAGGUGGGCGAGCAACUCUACUCCACCCUCGUGCAGUUUUUCCAGUUGUUUCCGGAGCUGCAAAAGAAUAGUUUCUUUAUCACGGGCGAAUCUUAUGCUGGCAAGUACGUCCCUGCCUUGGCUUACACAAUUCACAAGAAGAACCCCACGGCAGCAUUCAAGAUCAAUCUGAAGGCAAUAGCUAUAGGUAACGGCUUAAGUGAUCCCGAACACCAGCUGGUGUACAGCAAAUACUUGUACCAGAUUGGACUCUUGGACUGGAAUCAAGCGAAGAUAUUCUCCGAUACCGAGAGCAAAGCUGUUGAUUUGAUCAAAAACAAAAAGUGGGACCAGGCCUUUGAUGCCUUUGACGCCUUGCUCAACGGAGAUCUCGUGGAAGGGAAGAGCUUGUUCUACAACAUGACAGGCUUCAGCUUCUAUUUCAACUAUCUGCACUCCAAGGGAAGCAGCCUGGAUGAUGACUUCGGACCCAUGAUUCAGAAGUCUGAAGUCAGAAAAUCCAUUCAUGUGGGUAAUCUGACCUUCCAUCAGGACCAGGAGGUGGAGAAGCAUCUGAAGGCUGAUGUGAUGCAGUCGGUCGCUCCAUGGAUAUCCGAGCUGCUGGACCACUACUAUGUCCUCAUAUACAAUGGUCAGCUGGACAUAAUCGUCGCUUACCCGCUCACUAUUAAUUACCUGAGGAAUCUUAAUUUCACAGGCAGCGAAGAUUACAAAACAGCCAAGAGGUACCAGUGGAAAGUGGACGGGGAGCUAGCGGGAUAUGUCAAACAAGCAGGCAAGUUGGUGGAGAUAAUGGUUCGUAACGCAGGCCACAUGGUGCCCGGAGAUCAGCCAAAGUGGGCUCUAGAUAUGAUAACUAGAUUAACACAUGAGAAAAUAUUUUACCACAACAAAGGCCACCCUACUCAUUAAUUCAUUCUUAUUUUGAUUUAUAACUUUGUUAAAGCUUUUAGUUUGUAAUUCAAAGUUCCUGUGCUUCUUGUAUUGAUGUCAAUAAAUAAAUCCAUAAAAUAUU